CCCGAACAGUAGGCGGCAGUGUGAGGUAAAGCUAUCGCGCACAGGUCAUGAGGUCGCAGGGCGGGGCUUCGGCUUGUGCAGUAGGCUACGUGUGCUUCACAGCAGUUAGCUUGCGGUUAGUGAGUUAACACCACAACUGAAGUCAGAGACAUGGUGCUGCUGGAAAAUGAUUCGUUUCUCACAGAGCUGACACGGCUCUUCCAGAAAUGCAGAACAUCAGGCAGUGUUGUCAUCACAUUAAAGAAGUAUGAUGGGAGAACCAAACCGGUGCCCAGAAAGGGCCACGCGGAGUCUUUUGAACCUGCAGACAACAAAUGUCUCCUCAGAGCGACUGACGGCAAGAAGAAAAUUAGCACAGUGGUCAGCACCAAAGAAGUUAUCAAAUUUCAGAUGGCGUACUCUAACCUCCUCAGAGCUCAUAUGGAUGGACUUAAGAAGAAAGACAAGAAAAGCAAAAGCAAGAAAACCAAAGCCACCCAAUGAGCAAGAGACUCUAAGACAACCUUGGGUACCUAAACUGGUUCGCACUAUCUGAGGGGAGUGGGAGAGGGCUCCAUGUGAUCUGCAGCCCCCAAUCUGCUUUCCUCCCAUUCAUUCGAGGCCUCAGAUUCACUGACUGCUUUGAUAUUAUGCCAUUGUUUGCAUGAUAACAUCUCAUCCCUGACUGCCCAGUGCCAUUUGGAACAGAAAACUGAGGAUUUCUCAUUCAUCAUCUCCACCAUUUCUGCUUCGGGACCAGAUUCUCAAAAGUUCUGCUGCCUCUGGAGCCCGAUGAUUAACAGCCCUUCACUCUAUUUAAUUGUUAGAGCAUAUUUAUGUUAUGUUGCCAGCUAAAAAUAAAAGUUGUGCUAGCUCAUUCUAAUUCAGCUGGUUUUAGAUGUUUCAUUUUUUCUUUUUUCAUGAAAUUGGAUUUAAAUGUCAGUUUGAGUUUUCACGUAGAACCAAAUGUCCUGUUUUGUUUUUCUGGUGGGGUCAAAUGUCAUGUACUGUAUUUUAUUUUUUAUUUUUAUUAUGUCUUUAGAGGCACAACUAAUAUUCUAGUCACUGUUUUUACAUACCGAUACCAAGCUGUUAAACUGGCUGUCUUAAAUACUUUAACACCAAUAUGUAUAUUACAGCUUCAGCUAAUGUCUGAAUGAUGUCAUGAUUUGGUUCAAUAGUGCAGAAAAUGUUGAAAGCUGCAGAUUUACUGAAAGCAUGUUUGAGUUAUAAAUACAGAGAGGAGUAUUGGCUGUAAUUCAGAUGCCUUUUUUUGUUUAUCACAAUCACAAAGCAUGUUUGACUGCAGCCAGAAAAUGUUUCCACCCAUUUGUGUUUGUCCCACCGUGAUACCAGAGUCCUGCUCUCAUACAAGAGGACAGCAACAGAAUUUAAAUUCAAAAAUAAAGUGCUUUCUAAACAGUCA